AUGUUAAUGCAAUUUCUCCUAUUCUAUUUGUUCGAGUUCUCCAUUGCUCAGCAAAUCGGUGGGACAUCAAUGGAAUCAACACAUUAUGAUCGUCGAUUAUUUCAACAAAAACAAUGUUACGUUCCUAAUCAACUCAAAGAACUCUAUCAACCUAACUAUUGGAUCACUAGACAAUUGAUUUUUCGCAAUCAACAUGAUCGAUUAGUGACAAGGGUUUCAUCGGGAGCGAUUGAUCUUAAUAAUACACGACCAUUGGGCAUUGAUCAAGCGUCGAUUAAUAUUACGGUUGACCAACAGAUUCAAAAUGAUUUAACAUUGUACCUUCAAGUUAUUGAAUGUAUUGAUUGUCCCUAUGAAGUCGUUACACAAGAUUUAUCGUCAACGAAAUCAAUUGAAUUAACAUUGAACACAAAAUUUAACUAUCGCAUUCGUAUAGAACUGAAUUCAGCACUAUCGUGUCAAGAUACGUUAAUUCUUUACGAACACGGUUAUUAUAGAUUCGAUGUUAAAUUAUCAUCACUAACGAACUCGACAUUUCAAUGUCUAUUGACAAGACAACGUUCGCCUAAUAAUGUUUAUAUCCCAUUGAUUGUUGGUGGUGUUAUAUUAUUAGUAUUAUUUGUGGCUUGUCUCGUUGCUCAACGAUUCAAAUUUCGUGCAUUUCUGAUCAACUUGAGAAAUCGCGUGUCGGAUCGUGUUCCACCACAAGAAUCAGCACAGUCGUACGAUCUACAAUCACGUGCACCUGUUACGACAAACAAUGAAGCCGAUACAAGUACAGCUACAGCGAAACAACAAUCGGAACAUAAAAUGUCCAAUGUUCUCGUUCCUCGAUCGAAACGUUUAUUGAGUUUGGACGCUUUUCGCGGCUUUACUUUGAUAGCAAUGAUUUUCGUUAAUUAUGGUGGCGGUGGCUACGUUCAAUUCGAACAUGCGCCAUGGCAUGGCAUUACCAUCGCUGAUGUAGUCUUUCCAUUCUUUGUUUGGAUGCUAGGAACAUCAUUGGUAUUCUCGUUAAAGAAUGCAAUUGAUAAGAAUGUAUCAAAGAGAUUUCUACUGAAGAAGAUCGCGGUGCGGACAUUAAAAUUAUUAUUAAUUGGUUUUAUUCUAAAUACACGGUUCAAAAUAGAUUUUGCUGUCGUACGUUUUCUUGGUGUUUUACAACGUUUUGGUAUUGUGUACGGAGUCAUCGCAACGAUUGAAGUGCUUUGCACCCGUCCCAAUCAAUAUUCGCUGGAAACGGAGAUCUCGACAGGAACGCACAAAGCUAAACAAUUUCUUCGUUUAUUCCGGGAUAUCCUCCAUUUUCCAUUGCAAUGGUUGAUUAAUCUGGCUUUAGUCUUAAUUUGGUUAUUGGUAGUUUAUUUAGUUCCAUUUGAGAAUUGUCCUGCAGGAUAUUUAGGACCGGGUGGAUUGCAUGAAAAUGGCAAAUAUAUCAAGUGUACUGGUGGAAUCACUGGCUACAUCGAUCGAAUGAUUUUCACUGAGCAACAUCUUUAUCAAAACCCAACAUGUCGAGUUGUUUAUGGUUGUAAGCCACCCUUCGAUCCGGAAAAUUUGUUUGGUGCACUUCCGACGAUAUUUUUGGCAUUUCUAGGCGUUCAGGCAGGAAGAAUUCUAGCUGUUUAUCAAACGGAUGUGGAACGUCUUGUUCGUCUGUUUUCGUGGAGUAUCUUGACAACAGCAAUAGGUGUAGGUUUAACUGCUGGAACACUAACUGGUGGACCAAUGCCACUGAACAAAAAUCUGUGGACAUUAUCUUUUUCAUUCUUUACCGCUGGCUUGGCAUUCGCUGGUUUCUCCAUCAUGUAUAUUCUUAUUGAUAUGCUCAAAUGGUGGAAUGCAACACCAUUCCAGUAUCCCGGUUCGAACUCGAUACUGAUCUAUAUCACACAUUUGGUUUUUGCUACAUAUUUUCCUGUUCAAUGGCAGGUGGUAGAUACACAUGCAGCACAUCUUGCUAUGGGCCUGUGGGGAUGCGUAUUUUGGAUAAUUAUUGCGUAUAUUUUCUACAAAAAACGCAUUUUUGUCGUACUUUAA